GGUGCUCUCUUCCAGCGUGUUCCCGGAAGUGGCUGCGCUGGUCCCGAGCAGUGUAAACUGUGUACUCUCUGGCACAGCGCCCCGGGUUGUUUUCUGUGGUAUGAGCUCUGACAUGUCGUCGCUAGAGCAGAGACUCUCCCGGAUCGAGGAGAAGUUGAAGCAGGAGAACAUGGAGGCCCGCCGGAGGAUCGACCUCAACAUCGAAAUGAGCCCCCAGCGGUCGCGGCCGAGACCGAUUAUCGUCAUCCAGCUAAGCCCUGCUCCAGCCCCAUCCCAGCGCGCAGCCCUGCAGCUCCCGCUGGCGAACGAUGGAGGCAGUCGGUCCUCUUCCUCGGAGAACUCUCCUCAGCACAACUCGCACCCCAGCCGGCCCAGGCACAUGCUGACCUUGCCCACCCCUCCUUACUGCCUCCCGAAGAGCCUUGAGAAUGCCGAGAUUGACCAGAAGCUACAGGAGAUAAUGAAGCAGACCGGCUAUCUGAAAAUAGAUGGGCAGCGGUACCCUGCGGAGGUGAGCGAUCUCCUGAACGAGGGGGAGAUCGGCAGUGGGACGUGCGGGCAGGUCUUCAAGGUCCGCUUCAAGAAGACAGACCACGUCAUUGCGGUGAAGCAAAUGCGUCGGACCGGAAACAAGGAUGAGAACAAGCGGAUCCUGAUGGAUUUGGACGUGGUGCUGAAGAGCCACGACUGCCCUUACAUCAUACAGUGUUACGGAGCCAUCGUCACGAAUACGGACGUGUUCAUAGCCAUGGAGCUCAUGGGCACGUGUGCGGAGAAGCUGAAGAAACGAAUCCAGGGCCCCAUUCCAGAGAGGAUUCUGGGCAAGAUGACCGUGGCGAUUGUAAAGGCAUUGCUGUAUCUGAAGGAGAAGCACGGAGUGAUCCACAGGGAUGUGAAGCCCUCGAACAUCCUGAUCGACGCUAAGGGCCAGAUCAAGCUGUGUGACUUCGGCAUCAGCGGGCGGCUCGUUGACUCCAAGGCUAAGACGAGGAGCGCUGGCUGUGCUGCUUACAUGGCUCCUGAAAGGAUAGACCCUCCAGACCCCACCAAACCUGAUUAUGACAUCCGAGCGGACGUGUGGAGUCUGGGCAUCUCUCUGGUGGAGUUGGCCACAGGGCAGUUCCCCUACAAGAACUGCAAGACGGAUUUCGAGGUGCUGACCAAAGUGCUGCAGGAGGACCCCCCUCUCCUUCCCACCGGAAUGGGCUUCUCCCUGGACUUCCAGUCCUUCGUCAAAGACUGCCUUACAAAGGAUCACAGAAGGAGACCAAAAUACCACAAACUACUUGAGCACAACUUCAUCAGGCGCUACGAGGUGCUGGAGGUGGAGGUGGCAGCCUGGUUUCAGGACAUCAUGGAGAAGACGGAGUCUCCUCGCACCAGCCAGUGUUACACCCAACACCAGAUGCUGUCGUUGUUCAGCAGGUAGCCAGGGGGCGCCAGAGAGACAGCUGCCAGCUGCCAGCGCCCCGCCACUCAAAACACAGACUGACUUAACACGACUAUCAGCGACAAGACGAAACAAAACCGCUUCUUAGUAAUUCAGUAUUUUUUUUAUUUUUAUUUUUUUAUAUUUUGGGGUUAUGAUAAGCUACAGAAGAUUUUUUUUUUUUUUUUUGAGUUUAGGAUGAAUAGGGGGAGAAUCGACCUCUUUUUUUUUUUUUUUUUUUUUUUUUUUUUUUAAACAUGGUUUUAUCCAGUAGGUUUUUCAAACUGCAAGAUUUCUGGUGACUACAAAAAAUGAAGCUUUCUUUUCUGAUCGAGACAUUUACUGCAGAGGGAGACUGCGUUUUUAACUUCCUGAAUACUACUCGGCGUAGUAAAGCAAGGUUUUUAUUCUAUUUCUUUUCUUAAACGUCGCUAGUUAAAGUAAUCCCAAAGGUUUCACAGGGGGGAAAAAAGCAAAAGCCACAGCAGUGUGCCAGACUCCUCCUUGUUCCCUAACACUACACAUGCACAUCUCCCUGGACUGUAUGCAGUACACUGUAAUCGUUUGCCCUCCCUCUAUAACCACUGCAUUGUGAUGUCCCCCUGCUUCCUUUCAACACAAUACAAGAUGACCCCUUCCCCGUUUAAUACAGUAAAACCUGUCUAAUCCGGCAUUGAUUGGGACUGAAAAAUUGUGCAGGAUUGUACAGUGUGCUGGAAUACGGAGGUACUGUAAAAUCUAACACUGUACCCAAAAUAGGUUAUCAAUGGCAAACUAUUUGAACACUUUGAAAAGCUAUGACGGUACUUCUCCAGUAGUUCAAGGAUUGUAUUUAAAUGUUACUUCCGUUAUGUAAACAGGGACUUUACUGUAGACUUACCCAUACCAGCAGGACAUGUUCACUGACGCAAAAUACUUAACACAGGACUCUCUGCCAGGCUGCACAGUCAGAUUCACAUUGAUUUUAAGACUUGUAAAUCAUGCUGGAUUCCAGAAGAGACAGGUCCUGGAUUGUAGAGAGGAUCAACCCAGAAUUAUACAGAGAGAGGCUGGAUUGGGCAGGUUUUACUGUACUUGCCCUAAAUAGCUACAGUUUCCAGUGCAUACCCAGCUCCUGCCCCUCUGUAGCAGGGUGACAGCCCCAUUUUAUCUGAAGUCUGAUGCACACAGCUCGUUUCGCUCCCACCGUGCAUGCAGUUCCCAGGGGGCAGAAUUGCAUCAGCUUGGUUUGGGGAUUUCUGAGCUGAUGCAGCUUUAGCAUUGCUUCUAUUUGCUGGCCUCCCUGUGGUUUAACCUUGAGAUGUUUUUAUUGGGAGCGGGUGGGAGUGAGGGAGGGAGGGGAGUGGUGAUGGUUGCUUCAGGCAGCCUGAGAGACUGUGCAGACAUUCACAUGCUGGUAAAAUAAAAUAACACGUGGAGCAGGAAAAAAAAGAUCUGAGCUUCUCUCUGUUUUAACCCGUAACUUUUAAACCAGUCCGAAUAAAACCCGCAGAAACGUCUUCGUUCACCCCUGAGACGAGCAUUACAUUAGAUCGUAAUUUUGUAUAUGGAGAGAAGGGACUGGGAUUUGUAAUGUCAUUAUUUAUUUAUUUUUUUUUUGCUGUUUCUGCUAUCUGUGUUUUAUAAUCUCACUCGCACAGUGUAGGAGCAAUUAGUUUGAACAUUUUAGGGUUGUGCACACAUUUCGUUUCUGAUCUAGAGGAGGCACUAGGCAUUUUCAAAUCUGUUAGUAAUGUCCCAGUACUGCUGUGAAAAACUGCUUGACCGGCAGCGGCAUUAUUAACAGCUCUUGGCAAAAUGAUUCUGACCUUUUUUCAUUCACAGCCAACAAUAAGCUCUCUGCUUGUCCUGGGAACGCUAGUGGCUGAUAAUUGGACAGCUUUAUGAUGGCAGUCAGAUUUUGUUCUGGUCGGUGAAGAGGGUCGAAUUGGCUUCGACAGGCAGGCAUGCCGUUCCAGACUGCAGAGUCCUUUGUCUGUUUAGCAAAGAUAUUAGUUUUCGCACUGAGACACAAUGCAAUUUCUUGGAAAGAUACUUACAAUGUACCCAACUGAAUCCAAAGUUCAGGACGUUACAGACAGCAUGUCCUUAACCUUGCGUGCGUGGGUUUUUUAUUUUUAUUUUAUAGGGUGUAUUUUUAUUUUGUAUCCCUCUAACUACUAUAAUGUACUGAUUUCACUGGGGAUUUUUUUUGUUUUUGUUUGUUUAAACAUGAUCAUGCAGGUACUUUUUAUCAUUAUUGUAAUAAUCUUUCAUUUUAAGCAAACUAUUUAAAGAGCAAAUCAUUUGUAUCAUUAAUUAGGGUUAUUGUACCCAUCUAACUACAGUCAGCACUCGCAUGUCCGACCCUAUAUAAUUUUGACUUCAGUGAUGGUUAAACGAGUGUGAGGCAUAUCUGAUUUAUUUCAUCUGAUUUGACGUGUAUGUAGGCAAGCACGUUGUAACCUGCCCCCUACCACUCAAACACCCCCUGCCCUGCACACACACACACAUUUCGUACAAAGAAAAAAUAUGACUUGCGUUUGAGGAACUGUACAGGGAGACGUUGAUUCUUUCAUUGAAAUUUGUUAGCGCACAGUUGGGGAAUAACAGCAGUAAAAGACAAAAACGUGUCAGUUUUUUCAGGGAACACAAAAAAGAUACAAUGUCAAAAAUGCAUAGCUGAAAGGACUGUUUUAAAAUGGGCUUCCAUUUAGAUGUACUGUAGUUGGUAUUGUUGGUACAGUACUGUAUUUUAAUUCAGUACUGUAAUACAGUACACACUUUUAAAUCCAUAUUGUAGCAGUAUGUAAAAUUCCCCAUUAACGACCCAACAGCAAAAUGAAAUCAAAAUGUUAGCCAUGCACAGAACUGCUUAAACGCAAUGCAAUUUAUCAAAAGAUUAAAAAAUAACAAGUCUCCAGAAUUAAAACCGUAUCCAAAGUCAGUAUUCAAAAUUGCAGAAUAUAGUGCUCAAUAAGGCCCAAAUGUUACAGUUCACUUGCAAAUGAAAAUGCAUAACCACAACUAAAGAUCACAGAUUUAAAAAGAAAAAUGCAUCACAGUAUCUUAAACUGUUUAAUGAUUAACCGUGCCUUCGUUCGCUUUGUUUUCGGAGGAAGCGCUGUGUAACUGCAGUGCACAAUAAAGACAGACUGAUUUGCCAUCCCAGACUGACGUGUAUCUGAGUGUCGUAUAUCCGAGUGCUGACUGUACUAUAAUAUACUGAUAUCGCUGGGAAAAACAAAAAAAACCAUAAUCCUGCAAGUACCUUUUAAAAAUAUUUAAUCUUUUUUAUUGAUUAAAGAGGAAAUCGUUUUUAUCAAGUUUUGAAUGCAACCGAAGGAGUUGAACAUGUGUCUGUCAACGCAAGGAAGCUAGGCUUCAUGAAAUAAACUGGAAGCGUUGCACAGUUGAGUAUUGUUUGGAGAGAGGGAGCGUGGGUAUUACACCUGUUUUUAAAUCUGGAAUUUGAUUGCAAUCGGCAAGUAAAGAUAGACAUGUCGGGGAAAUCUUUACAACGCUGACGUACAGAAUUGUAUAACAUUGGCUUUAACAGGGGUGGAAAUUAAAAUAAAUAAAUCCAAGGACAAACCAGUUUCUAUUACAGACAGCAAUCUGAAGAUUAGUCAUUGCAUUUAUCUGGCCCAUUUAGCAGUUCUAAAUGGAUGUUUUAAGGGCUGUAUUGAAGGCGCAGUGUAAUGCAGUUAAUUGAUGGAGGAUGUAGACUUCGCUGGACAUGGUUAAAAGAAUAUUUGGCGGCUGAAUGUUGGUAGUUUGAAGAAGGCAGCAGCUUGACAGAACGCAGAGAGGGAAGCUAAUUGCAUCAGCAGCUCCUCAAUCAUGUUUUAAUUAUGCUGUUUUUAAUACUGAAACCGUACUGCUGGUAAGCAUGGGCUUGGGGCUGGAGCGCUAGGAGGUUUGUCAUUGCAGCGGUUCAGGCUGAUUUGCAAUUAAGGAGUCUUUUAAGGUUUUCAAUUGCCUUUGCUCUUCCCCAGCUGAGUUCCAAGCAUGACGCUUUCCCGAGCUUUCUCAGACAACAAUUUUAUUUCUACAUCUUUUUCCCCUGAUGUUAGAAAUAGAAACUCAAGUGAAAGGGAUCUUGUUGACUGCACACGUUGUAGAAAAAACAUGGGCAAGAGCUGAAUAUCAAAUAUCCAGGCUGGUUUAUAGGUGGGAGAGCUCCCAUCAGGGGAUCUGGGAGUACUUUUAAGGUACACAAGGAAUGGAGCACUUGUUGUUCAAACGGUUUCUUCUUAAAAUACAUUUUGAGAGCGACUCAAGCAUCACGAGGUGGAAACUGAAUUUUGGAUGACCAGAUCCAGUAAAUGUUUAAACCCUAUUCAGUGCACCUCAUUGCAAAUAACUGUAUAUGUGUAGGACACACACACACACGUCCCUUGUACCUUUUUUAAAGGGUGAAGAGUAUGUUAUUGAACCAGUGGGAAGGAGUUUGUAUCUGUAUUUCCAAUACAGUUGCUGUUUUUGAUUCAGUUCAUGAAGGGCUCGGUUUAACUGGUUUUGGUAGAUAGGGGAGCGCAGGUGUCACAAUGAGGUUCACAAUGGCUCGAGGAGUGGAGCGUUGUGAAUGAGGAAAGACGCUGUAUGUGAGAAAGCAGAAGCAUGUGGAGAAGGUUACUAGGAGUAAACAGAGUGGUACUGAAGCAGGUAUUUCUAAGUAAAAACACAGACUUAAUGGAGACAAAUUAUUUUUAUUUUUAUAGUUCUUUGGCAAACAUUUUAGUAGUUUUUUCAUUUUUUAAAGCAACAGAAAGGGUUUUUAGUUUAUUUAUAUACAAGAAAGAAAAAAUCUACGUGUUGGUGUUGAUUUGUUCUUGAGGUAUGCGAGUCAUCCUUGUUGAAGCCGAGUUGGGAAACCACUGCAGUUAGCAUUUUUAAUGUUAGUAGCCGCUGGCACGAUUCAGGUGUGUAACAGUCAUGUCAGAGGAAUGUGUGGAAGUUUAUACAGCAGCACGCUUUUCUGUUGGGUUUAUAUAUUAGAAAUCAAGCACACUCGAUGGAAAGGGUCAUUAGAAUAAAGGCAGAACGCUAAUACGCAUUGCAAUUUGGUGUUAACAUUAGUAAAUAUAAGUAUUACAUUUAUUUUUGCAUACAGUAUUACAGCACAGUAAUAUACUUGGCAAUACCUAUUGAAAAAAACAUACAAAAAAAUGAACAGUUGCAAUUUAUCCUGUUGAGCGUUUUGUGGAGCUAAAUUUAAUAGCUUUAUUUAAGGUUGCUUAAACAUAGGUGAAUGUUUAGGUUAUGUUUUAUUGAUAUCGAUGUCUUUUUUAUGUAACUUUUUGUUUAAUUUGUAUUGUACCACGCUGCUUUUGAAUGAUUUUCUUUCUUGUUCUCUCGUGUUAUUACCAGCAUGUGAAUUCAACUUCAAUCUUUAGCUUGGUUGGAUAAAAAAAAAAGAAAAAAACCAAUAAUUUAAAAUUAAAAAGUGCAGUUUUAUUGCAUUUUUUUUAAAAUCGCGAUAUUUUUUUACAUUUUAUUUAGAACAAAAAGGUUUUGUUUUUCAUUAUUAUUAUUAUUAUUAUUAUUGUUCUAUUGUUAUACAGACAGGGAUGUUCACAAAAGAGUAUGCGAUGCAUGCAAAACCACACCAUUUUAACUUGACAAGCCAAAGGUUUUAAACAAAACUAUAUAAGGUAGUGUCACAGGGGACUGCAGUUGACUCAAAGCCAGGGUUACUGCAUGGUAACACAUGAAAGAGAUCAGUCAUUUGCUGGAUCCAUAUUAGCAAUCGCAUGUUCACGUUUAUAGGUCUAACGGCUAUCCAUUUCAAGUCCUUUUAUUUAUUUAUUAUUUUUUAUAUGUAUAUCUAUCUUUGCAAAAAAGAAAAUGUUUCAAAAGGAAGUCACACUUUUGUUUAAUGGUCCCUCCUCUUUCUGUUUUUAGUUUGUGAGCAGUGUCCAAAAACGCUGAAUGCAGAAGUGAUGUUCAACACAGACAAUUAUGCAGUGCUCCCUCUUCUAAAGGAGCGCUGCUGUAUAUACCAAGUGUGUCAGACCCUUUAAAAUGCAAUAGGAUUGGGUCUUCUGUUUGUUAUUGAUCGGCGCUAAUGCGUCAAAUUUGUGACAGAGCAACAAAAGUGUGUCUUUUUUUAUAUAUAAAUACAGUAUAAUAUUGUUUAUGAAUUUAUUGAUUGUAUUUUUUUUUUUUGUUUCGAAAGGAAUUUCCCUUUUUCAAUUCACCGUCGCGGCUCUGAAAGAGCUGAAAAAAAAAAUCAAAACGUGAAAGAUACUGCAGGGUAUUGUAGACGAGUCUUACUUGUUUUUUGAUGAAAUAUGUUUUAAAACCGAUAUAAUGAGAUCCAUAGAACUGCUGAAUUAUCGACAUGUGUUAGUGCUGUUCAUGGGGGGUGCUGCAGUGCAGAAGUGAAACAUGAUCACAACCAGCCCUUCCAAAUUCAAACAGCCAUGCCCAAAGAUAACCUGUGCAAUCUCUCCUGUGAAAUUCAAGAUGAGGGGUUUCAAUAGAAAAGAACCCCCCUUUCUGCAAAUGUGACGUGCACACAACACCGUGCAAAAGCUCGUCACAGCAGUAGCGUGUUCAAUUUGAAUUCGAACCCUCUUUUCCGCGGAGGGAAAAUGCUUUUUACUUGCAGGGGUUUUUCAAAACUCCCCAAAAAAAGUGAGUUUUUCUUUUCAGUAUCAGUGUACCAGGCUUGCCCAAUGGCAGCGACUCAAGUUUGCUUAUUGACUAUCGUGAGCCUUGUUUGGGGCUGCAAGCAGUCAAGGGAGAACUUUCAAAAGUAUAGGAAAUGCAUUACGGAUUAAAUGUUUUUAAAUGGUUGGAGACCACCAAGUGUUACUACCAGACUAGCAGGGACAUACAACACAGCUAAAUCCCAUCGCCAUCGUAGCCACCAACUUUAAUGAAACCAAAGCUGAUCUCCUGUCAGCGUCUCAAUCCUCCGAAGACAGACCUGGAUAUGGCAUUCUGGUGUGGCGGCUGCUGCUGCUGCUGGUGUUUGUUGAAUGCUGUUCUGGUUGCAGGUGUCUGAGAGACUGCCGACCCCCAGUAUUGUGCACAAAAACGUCCGCUUGCAUAAUAGCAUGAGGUGAUCUGUUCCCCCUCCUCUCUCCUGGCUCCACUUGGCUGUAUAAUCUCACAAGGACACACAUACAGGGAGAGAGAGCAGGGGCAGUGGCUACUGUUCUUUUAAAUCACAGUGGCAGAAAAACAACUAAAACGCAUUAAAAUGGGGGUAGUUUGUUCUAUUGAAACCAAAUAGAUGUAUUUUAGAUUUCACAGGUGUUUGUGUUGGCGUUCACCAUGCUUGUAAACUUAGGCACGCUGCACAUAAUAUGUAAUCAGUCAGGGGGUUUCAGUAAAUGUCAAAUCCCCUGUUUUUAAAUUCAAGCUAGUUUUAUAAUGACAGCACAUUGCACUGCAGCACCCUGUCCUCAGUAGAAUCUUGAUGUAUGUAAGGUGGGAGGGGACAUGGGAGAGGGAGGGGCUUGUUUGGUUAAGGGGUGGGGCUUACAUGGUGACAUGUCAUUGUCUCUUGCAUGAGUAAUGUUUAAUUUAAAAAAAGAAGAAAAAUUACAAAAAAAAACAACAAAAUGCUAUUAUAGAUUUAUAUUUAUUUUAUUGUGUUUUUGUUUGUAUGUGAAAUUGUACGGUUAAGAGUGAUUUAUUUUUUUUCUCUUUUUUGUUUCGUUUCAUAUUUAUAUAUAUAAAAAUGCCAUUUUAUUGUGAAUACCUCAAUUUCUUUUUGGAAAAUGCUCAUUUAUUUAUAUUUCUGUUUUUCUUGUGGGUUUUCUUUCAUUCAUCACCUGAAAAUCAAUCUGCUAUGUUGAAACGUGUAGCAUCCCAUAUACUUUACCAAUAUGUUUUUUUCUUCUUCCAUAUUUUAAUUUGAUUCUUAUUAGCCAGUGUUGAUAACAGUAGGUUGUUUCUUGUUAAAUGUUUCACUUUAGAGCUGGCAGAUAAACCUUUAUAACUAGGCUUGCUCAGUUUCAACAUUCAAUUUUCAGGGUCUCACAAAAUACCAUAAUAAAUCUCUCACCUUUUCUGUA